UUUUAGAGCAUUUUUUAAGAUCUUUUUACAAUUUUUUUUCAGUUUUCCGCCGUUUUCGGUUACGCAGUUUAAUACGAAUUUGCUUUUUUCAGUUCUUUUUCUUGGAUUAAUUUAAGCGUUUAAGUACGUUAGGGGAUGUCAGAUAGAAAUUCCAUCUUUAUCCAUAAACUGCGGGAAGCCUUAAUGAUUUGAGAUCCUGUCGCGUUUUCGCCACAAGAUUCAAGAAGCUCGAAUCCGGAAUCGCAUGACCACCUUUUGUGCAUGACAGCAUCACUAGUGUUGAAUUUGUGAUUUUUUCACGGUUCUGGGUUUCGGAGUUCUUCGGAGCGGAGCUCGAAGAAUGGCUCGCAAUGCGGAGAAAGCCAUGACCGCGUUGGCCAGAUGGCACAAAAUGAAAACGGAUGAGGCUCGCGGAGUUGGGGAACGACGGCCUUACCUCGCGUCCAUGUGCAGCGAUGUCCGGAAGGCAGAGCGUUUUCGGGUGGAUAUCAUUCGGGAAAUUAGCAAGAAAAUGGAGCAAAUUCAAAACGCCGGAUUAGGGGAGUUUCGGCUGAGGGAUUUGAACGAUGAAAUUAAUAAACUGCUACGCGAAAAGCGACACUGGGAAGUUAGAAUUCUGGAGCUGGGAGGUCGCGAUUAUCGGAGAGCUCCACUGGUGAUGACAGAAGAUGGUAAAGAAGUACCGGGACAGUACGGUUACAAGUACUUUGGAGCAGCGCGUGAUCUCCCAGGAGUUCGAGAAUUGUUUGAAAAGCAACCUGAACCACCUCCUAGAAGGACCCGCGGUGACCUGAUGCAGCACAUCGACGCCGAAUAUUUCGGUUACCGUGACGAAGAAGAUGGAGUAAUUGUUCCACUUGAACAAGAAGAGGAAAAGAAUGCUGCACUAAGGAUGAUCACCGAAUGGCGGGAAAAGAAAGCGGGCGGUGAACUCGAUAAAACCGAAGAGGAGGAAGAUAUUUAUCACAAGGCUGCAGCGGAGGCUGUCGAAGAUAUUCCUCCGGAAGAGGUCGAAGUCAUGGAAAUUGAAGAUGGGUCGGGUCGACACCUUGUAACCGUGGAUGUGCCUUCUCAACAAGAUGUGGAAGAUGCUUUGGUCAGGAGGAAAAAGCUGGAACUUCUCGAAAAAUACGCCAGCCAAGCCCUUAUGCAACAAAGCGAAGAAGCCAAAGCACUUCUUGGAUUAAAUUAGGAGUACUGGGCUGUCGUAAUAUGUUUCCUGACUGACAGUGUUUGGAAAAACCUUUCUUUUUGUAUGUGAAUAUCACUGCACUGCCCUUCUCCCUACAGAGGCGUUUUAUUUGGAAAUUCUUCGUGGCUUCCUGAUCUUGAGUACGAUUGUUCAUUGUUUUAUAAUCCUCUGUAAAUUUUGUAACCUUAUGCGGUACUGGGAGAACUGAAAGUGUUGCUGCUGAGUGCGGCUGCUGAAUGGGGCAUAGUUAUUCCUCUGAACGUCACUUUUCGAUUGUGAAUUAUACAAAAUUUGGAUGAACCGGGUUUUUCGCUGAAUGUUUUCAAAUAUUAGUUUUAUUGUAAAAUAAUUACG